CAACGAAGGGUAUGUCUUGGUUGGCCAACUACUAAACGUUCACCGCUUCAGCGUUAUCCAGUGAGCGGUGUGCUUCGUCUCUUCUCAAGACAUCAAAAAUAUUGUCGUAAAGUUAUUUUAAACGAGAAAGGAAAUGGCGGUAAACGCAGGCCCUGCAAAUUCCGCAGUGAUCGCUGACGUCUCGUUCUCGUUUCAGGAUGAACUGACUGCGACCCUGCAGAACGCGCUCGGCGUCGCGGUAGAGAUCGCCGUCGCUGAGAUCACGAGACUGUUGGACAGAGCACUCAAAGACGUGCAGGUCAGAAUUCAACAGGCUUUACGGGACAACAGUGCUCUGAAGUUCAAGCUACAAACAGCUGAAACACAACUUUCUAAUGUCUGUGGUCGCUUAAAUCAACAGCCACAGAAUUUUGAAGAUUUUAACGUUAGCAGAGAGCUGGUGACGACCCCCAUUAGCUGUGGCGGGGUACAGCGCGGGGGUUCACAGUUAAAUCCCCUUAAUAACGUCCGGCAACAAACCGAGCACGCUGUAGACUCGAAACAUGUAUAUGAGGUAUGUGGACACAGGGAAACUGAUGUAUUCCAGCGAGGACCAGUCUGUGGGAACCCCCAAGGAGGCGCAUGCGCGCAGGCUUCCAGCUUGCUAGAAGAGUCAACCCCCUAUAGAUUAGAGGAGACAAAUGACUUCAAGAAUGAGCAACACAGUAUGACCAAAACUGAGCAGGGAUGUGCUGAAAUGGUUACAAACGUGCUGAGUGAGGAUUCAUCCCUUGAAGUGGCUGUAAAGGUAGAAAAAGAGGAGGGAUAUGGUGAACCAGUCCCAGUUACCCUCUCUGUAGUCGAGGAGCCUAACUCAGACAGACUUUCUCUGGCACAGUCUCAACUACUGGAAGACUGGAGACCUGAGCCAUUGCAGUCAGAGAGCUGCCAAACAAACAUGCACUGCCAGUCCACCAGCCAAUCCCUAGAUUUCCUGUCAUCUUCAAGCUCAGGUCAACAAAGCCACUUCCCAAAGCUCCACAACAAUUACAAGGGUCCUGAGCGCCAUACGUUUCCCCCUGGCCGAAGAUUGUAUCGUUGUGGCCUGUGUGAGCGAGACUUUAACCGUAAACAACAUCUCAAGAUCCAUCAGAGGAUCCAUACAGGAGAGAGGCCAUACACUUGCUCCAUCUGCAGCGCACGCUUCCGUCACGCAUUGACCCUCAAGCGCCACUCCCGCAUCCAUACAGGAGAGAAACCUUAUGUUUGUGAACAGUGUGGGAAAACGUUUCGAAAUGAUGGUGGUUUGAAGUUCCAUCAGUGUUCAUGACAACAAUUGUAUAAAUGCACUGUUUAUGGUAGUCAUGUGUUGCAGGAUGAAUCCCAGCAUAGGGUCACCCUAGGAACAGAAAGGUUAUUAAAUGGAUGAUUCACCCAAAAAUAAAAAAACUCUGUAAUCAUUUACUCCCCCUCGAAUUGUUCCAAAUUACUGUAGUUAAUAUUUGAUAUUUAAUAUCCAAGAUAUUUUAAAUGAAACCUGAGUGUUUUCUGUCCAUCCAUUAAAAGUCCAGCUAACCAAAACUUUCAAGAACCAAAAUUAAGUUGUUGCUUUUUAAGUUUUUUUUAAUUAUUAUUAUGAACAGAUUUACUUCAGCCUUUUAUUUACAUCUUAACAAUAAUCAACAUGCAUAAAUAGAACAUGGCAUUUGGUAAACAUAGAAGCUUAAUCACUGAGGUUUGUUGUGGCUUGUGAUGCAUACGUGAUGCACUUUAUGUUUGUGUGUUUAUAUGGAGAAUCCACAAGACUUGGAUUAAACUUUUCAUAUGGAUUUGUUUUACAA